AUGUCCAUCAGCACCUUCUUGGCUGAUGAGAACUUGGGCUCGUGGGCCGAUGAGAUGGAUGACAUGCCUAUGCCUGGUCUUCUAGCCGUUCCCCCCAUGCAGUCCAGCUUCGGAGGUGACCGCCGUGCCGGUCCUCCUUCCUCUGGCUUUGGAGGUAGUUUCAACGACCGCGGUUUUGCCGUGAGGGAGCCCCUUCCGCUUCCCACGGAGCCUCCCUACACCGUUCACGUCGGAAACCUGUCCUUUGACGCUACCUCGGCCGACAUCUCUGACCUCUUUGUCGACUGUGGCGUUACGAAUGUCCGCAUCGUGGAGGACAAGUUGACCCACAGUCCCAAGGGCUUUGGAUACGUCGAGUUUGACACUGUCGAUGGUCUGAAGAAGGCUCUUGACUUUUCUGGCGCUACCCUGCAGGGACGGGCCAUCCGAAUUAGCAUUGCCGAGCCCCCCAAGGAGCGCGACGUCAAGGAGUUCGACUGGACUCGCAGAGGUCCCCUUCCUGAUGCCCCUCAGCGUCGUGUGCCCGACCGCUCCGCUUUUGGCCGUGGUCUCGACAACAUGUCCGAUGCCGGCAGCGAACGUGCAGGUGGCGGACGUCGCAACUUCGAGUCGGACGGCAAGUUCCGUGAUUUCGGCAACUGGGAACGCAAGGGUCCUCUUUCUCCGACAAGUGGACCGGUCAGAGAGGGCCGUCCGGCCGCUGCCGAGGGAUCUAGUUUCCGACGAAGCUCGCCUGCGUGGGGUGAAGGACGCUCCCAGGAUGGCGGCUCCCGACCUCCGCGACGUGAAUUCCAGGAACGCGCCCCGACUGCGGCCGAGCUGGAUAACUCCUGGAGAUCCAAGAUGCGCCCCGACCAGGCCCCCGCCAAGGAACCCAGCAACCCGACUUCCCCUGCAGCCGCUCCUACAUCCCCCGUUCCCGCCGCCGCUGCUCCCGCCACCCGUCCCAAGUUGAACCUCCAAAAACGGACCGUCCCCGAGGCCGCUCCCACCACCACCCCCGCUACUGCUCCCGCCACCGAGUCCAAGGCCAGCCCGUUCGGCGGUGCGCGACCGACCGAUACUGCCGCCCGCGAGAGGCAAGUCGAGGAGCGUCGUCAAUUAGCUCUGCGUCAAAAGAAGGAGGCCGACGAGAAGGCGAAGGCCGAGAAGGCCGAGAAGCAGCGACAAGCCAAGGAGCAGCCGAAGACUGAGGGCGCUGACCCCAACGGCAAGGACACGGCCGAGACGCCUCAGGGUGGUACCAACUUCGAGAUCCUCCGGCGGGCCGGCGAGGAUGAGAGUGGCAUGACUGCCGAUCAGGAUCAGAAGGAGGAGGCCGCUGCUUCGGACGCAGCAUCGAAAGAGGCCGCGAGCAAGUCGAAUGGCAGCUGGAGGAGCCCUGCUCAGCCCGCCGAGGCUGCGGAUGACGAGGGCUGGAACACGGUGGGACCCUCGAGUAAGCGCAACAACCGUCGUGGACCGAACCGAUCUUAA